CGGUAACGUCACCGGCGGAAGGUGGACCGGUUCUAUAAAACCUGCUGCAGCCCCCUCCGUCUGCAGGAGCAGGAGCGCACCGGUUCGGUCCAGAAGGAGAGAGGGAGGUUUGUCAAAGUGCAAAAGGACUCGGAGGCGCAGUGUGUAGGAGAAUUCCCACGAGAGGAAAGGAGAGCAGGACUGGAGAGGUCCGGACUCGGUUUCUAACGCGCAGAGGCAGCUCGAUGCUGAGAAGUGGACCAGUUGGGAGAUGUUCGCCCUGGCCCAAUUUGGAGUUCUGUCGGCUUUGGUCACCACGCUCACAUCGGUUCUGUCAGCGGUGCUGCUGCUGGUGCUGACUCGCCAGCUGUGGAGCCUCCGCUGGAGCCUGACCCGGGACAAGGAGUCGGGCCUGCCGCUGCCCAAGGGCUCGAUGGGCUGGCCGCUGGUCGGGGAGACCUUCCACUGGCUGUUCCAGGGUUCUAACUUCCACAUCUCACGUCGGGAGCGUUAUGGAAAUGUGUUUAAGACCCACCUCCUGGGAAAGCCCCUCAUCCGGGUGACAGGUGCAGAAAACAUCCGGAAGAUCUUGCUGGGGGAGCACAGCCUGGUGUGCACCCAGUGGCCCCAGAGCACCCGCAUAAUCCUGGGACCCAACACCCUGGUCAACUCUAUUGGAGACUUGCACAGGAAGAAGAGAAAGAUUGUGGCCAAAGUCUUUAGCCGGGGGGCUCUGGAGUCCUACCUGCCCCGGCUGCAGGAUGUAAUCAAAUCAGAAAUUGCCAAGUGGUGUUCCGAGCCCGUCGCCAUUGAUGUGUACAGCGCAGCCAAGUCUCUGACGUUCCGCGUUGCUGUGGGCGUCCUGCUUGAUCUACGGCUGCAGGAGAAACGGAUCGUUUACCUGGCUAAGACCUUUGAGCAGCUGAUGAACAACCUCUUCUCCCUCCCCAUAGAUGCUCCGCUCAGUGGGCUGCGAAAGGGGAUCAAAGCCAGAGAGAUCCUGUACGCCAACAUGGAGAAGAUCAUCGAGGAGAAGAUGGCGAGGCAGCAGGUGGAAGAUGAAUAUCAGGAUGCUUUUGACUACAUGCUCUCCAGCGCCAAGGAGAGUGGGCAGCAGCUCAGCAUCCAGGAGCUCAAGGAAAUAGCAGUUGAGCUGAUCUUUGCUGCUCACUCCACCACAGCCAGCGCCUCCACAUCUCUGGUUCUGCAGCUGCUCCGCUACCCAGAGGUAGUGGAGAAGACCCGGGUGCAACUGGAGGCUGAGGGCCUCAUCCAUCAGCAGAGCCAGAACCACGAGCUGCCUUGUGUCAAUGCAGUAAAAGAUCAGGAUGCUGCUGAAACAGAGAACGGCAGCUGUCAGAGUGCAGAGGAAGGGUUUCCCUGUCCCCGAGCUCAUGUCCCCUACCUGACCCUGGACAAGCUGAGUCGGCUCCAGUAUGUCGACUGUGUCGUUAAAGAGGUGCUCCGGAUCCUGCCGCCGGUAUCCGGGGGUUACCGCACCGCUCUGCAGACCUUUGAACUGGAUGGCUACCAGAUCCCCAAAGGCUGGAGUGUGAUGUAUAGCAUCCGGGACACACAUGAGACCGCACCGACCUUUCAGAGCCCCGAGCUGUUCGACCCGGACCGGUUCGGCCCGGAGCGGGAUGAGAGCCGCUCAUCUCGGUUCAGCUAUGUGCCAUUUGGCGGGGGCAUGCGUAGCUGUGUUGGGAAAGAACUGGCUCAGAUCAUCCUUAAAACUCUGGCCGUGGAGCUGGUCGGGACAUGCAAAUGGACCCUGGCAACAGAGAAGUUCCCCAAAAUGCAAACAGUUCCAAUAGUGCACCCGGUAAACGGGCUGCACGUGCAUUUCUCCUACGGCGACCUGCUGUAGGCAAAGACAGGACAGAGGAACUCUCAUAACGCUCACCCAGGUGGUCGUUCAAGCUUUUCUGCUUCUGGAAAUGUUCUCCAAGCAAACAGACAGGUCUUUACUGGUUCUGAUGGUUCAGCUGACCUGCUUCCAUCUUCACAGACAUGAAGGGGUUCUCUCCGCCGGCCUGCUGCACUUCUUCUCUGUAGUUGUGAUAGAAACGUUUAGUGGUUUUAUCCCUUGAAUACAUUUAAGUUAUUAAGAUGGACGGUUUUUACUCAGAAGGAGAAAACAGAAACAUUUGAUCUUUUUAUUCUGUAAAUCAGUUUUAAUUAAUGAGAUUAGAGCCUUAAUCUGGCUUGAAGAAUCCUAAUAUGACUUCAGGUUCAUCUAAAUGCCAGGAGAGUUCAGGAAACUUAACUGACAUGUUUCUGCUACUUUAAUCUCUUUGAUCUGUCUGUAGUUUUCAUUCUCGUGUGCACCGACUAAAACAAACCUGAGUUCGAACUCUGAGAAGGUUGGGAUCAGCAGUAUCCACCUGCUGUGUGCUGUCUCUGACGUGUCUUGGAGCCAGGCUACGGGGAAUCCAUCUCUGUAGAAACGUGCUCCUGCUCUAGCUGGAAUGAAUGCUGGACUGAUGGACACACAGACCAAACUCUUCCUGUCUCUUGAAGGACAGAAACUGGACAAGUUUGGACACUAACACGAGACUGGAUCUUUCAGUGUGGAACGUGUACUUUUGACAAGUUGGUUCCAUCAUCAGUGAGAACUCUGGGUUUAACAUGUUGUUUUUAUCAGCAGUGAUAGACGUGGACAGGGUUUUAUGCGUGUAAUAAAUGAAGUGUUUAUCUAAAUAAGCUGUAUUUAAAACGCAGAGGUAUCAUAUCUGUUACUAACCUUUCAUGUAAAAGACUGUUUCUUAUUUGUAUUUAGUGUAGUUCCUACUGAGGGUUAUUAUUGUUAUUAUGGACUGUUUCUGUUGGUCUUUAGCUAAACAGAUGUGUUGUGAAAUCUCACAGACAGAUAUAGAAGGAGGUAGCACUUUCUCCACUUUAUGGAUCCUGUAUGAGGUUUGUGUUUUCACUGAGUGUUUCAGAUGUAGCCACUGUACAGGUCACAGAUCAUUAGACUAUGAUAAACAAGUGAUAGACUUG